GAGGAUACAUAAAUACGAGCACAUGAGGCACGGCCCCAUCGAUCCCCAUCUUCUUCCCCUCCCCCUCCCACACAGCUCUGAGUAAUUGCUUGCAUAGCAGGCAGCAGCAUCACCGUCCACCGGCACCACUGACCACCCUCCCUCCCUCUCUCCCCUCAACCACCUUCUCUCUCUCUACAGGCGUACACCUCCAGCUAGCUUCCAUCCAGAGCCUUCCAACCUCGCUUACUCACUCACCAGUCACCACUGAUCCAACCAGACAUCCAUUCAAUACUCCACCGCCGGCGAGCAAGCGGCAAGCCGGCAACCGGGGCCGACGACGAUGGGGAGGAAGGGCGGCCUCGCCGCCAUCUUCUCCUCCAAGCCCAAGCUCGCCGCGGCCGACACGCCGUGGUCGUGGCCCUCCUGCGCGGCCAGCCCGCAGACGGCCUCCUUCCGCCGCCAGGGGCGCCACGACGGCGACGACUACCGGCCAUGCACCACGGCCGGCCGCCACCGCUCCUCCGAACCCACCGCCGCAGCCGGGAGGCUUCGGCCGCCGAGGAAGGCCGCGGCUGCGGGGGGCGACGACAACAUGUACAAGAUGGUCAACUCGGUCUACUUCGACGCCACCGACUCGUGCAGGUUCUUCUUCGACGAUGACGGGGACGGCUGGGAGGCGGGCGGGGACGAUGAGGUGGAGGAUGGCCUGGACGACGGGAGCUUCUCCACGACCACCGCGUCGGAGGAGUGGUCGGAGGCCGUCAUCCGCAGCCUCGGACGGACCUCCACCGACCGCUUCUUCUUCGACGCAGGCCCGGGCACGGCGCCGGCCUCCAACUCCAUCCUCGCCGCCUCGCCGUCGCCGCCGCUUCCGUGCAGGACGGCGGCUCGGGCGACUCUAGCGCCGCCGCACGAGGAGGCGCCCAAGCAGCAGGCGCUGCCGUCCGAGGUGGCGGCGGCGGCGUCAGUACUGUCCGACGACCCCGACUCCUUUUCCGACUCGGAGGAAGAGGAGGCGCCUGCGUCGGCGUCGCUGGUGGAGGAGAGCGUGGCGGUGGCGCUGGACUCGGAGGACCCGUUCGGCGACUUCCGCGCGUCCAUGGAGGAGAUGGUGUCCGCGCACGGCCUCCGCGACUGGCCGGCGCUCCAGGAGAUGCUGCUCUGGUACCUCCGGAUCAACGGCAAGCACAACCACGCCCUCAUCGUCGGCGCCUUCGUCGACCUGCUCGUCGGCCUCGCCACCGGCAGCAGCGCCGCGGCGGCAACGACGACGACCACCACCACCACGACGACGGCGACGAUGACGGCGACGACCACGACGUCGGCGUGCAGCACCAGCAGCAGCAGCUCGAGCGCUAGCAGUAGCGGCGGCGAUGCUAUUACUACUUCUGGUACUGCCGCAGCAGCUGCUGCUGCUGCUGCGUGCAUUGAGGAGCAAUGCGGCGGCGGGAGUGCCGGUGCUUCGUGCUCAUCGUCCGAUCUGGAAGUGGAUGACGGAGAAGGCAGGUGACGGCCAUUGCACAGGCCGCGGCGCACUUGAUUCUCCGUGUACGUGCUACCACGGAUCAAUCAGGAGCCUAAUACGAGCACUCGAUUUCGAUGUGGAUCGUGCUUCAAAUUAGUUCAGCAUUCCAUCGUGUAUUACGACUUCGUUUUUUAUUUUUUCGGAGUGAUCUGAUGCACGACGCAUUAAUUGUAGCGUUGUGACUCUGAUGAGAGGCAGACGGUUGACACUCUAUUUCAGUGUGGUAGCAGCUAGCUAGCUUAAAGAACAAUGCACAUAUACACACCAAUGCUUUUGUAAUUUUACUUUUCCUCCUAAAUGCAGUGUUUUGCUAAAAGCAUCUGUACAUUGAUCUAAGUACACGUCACAUGUUUUUCCUGCAUUAUCCUCUCAAUCCAACCGUCCAUUGUAAUGUCA